AUGCGGCAGUAUAACGAGUGGGCAGCCAUGCUACAGGCCUCUCGCUCGGGUGAAGGCGCCCAGGCGGAGGUGCUCAACUGCACGGACCUCCUCUCCAAGCUGAUCGUGACCACAUCAGCCAGGGACGUGUAUGGAACGGUGCAGGCGCAAGCAGCGGCCCUUUUCGUGGUCAACAAGCAGUGGCGCUUGUCCAUUCAGUCACUUGAAGACAUCUGGCGCUGCUUGGACUGGGCAUCGGCCACACGCGGCGCCCGGCACUCUGACGCAGCCGUGCCGGCGCUGUGCCUCAGCAUACAGAGGUGGUGGGGCAGCAAGCUGACAGAGUUCGAUGCUGGGAGCGGCUGCCCCAUCGCGCGGGAGCUGCUCACCGACGGGGUGCUGGCGCUCAUUGCGCGCCACUCGCCGCGCCUGCAAGUCGUCAGGCUGCACGGCUGCCUGCACAUCACCGACUGGGGGCUGAAGCAGCUGGCGGCCGAGCGGCCGCCGCUGCACACCUUUGCGCUGGAGUGGUGCGGCGGUGGCGUGUACCUGGACGGCCUGCGCGCCCUCAUCCGCAGCUGCCCGCUGCUGGAGGCCUUCUCCGUCAGCAGCGGCCAGGAGUCGUUCAGCCUGGGGUCGGUGACGGAUGAGCUGGUGAGGGAGCUGGUGGCGUGCUGCCCGCGCAUCGCGGCGCUGGAGCUGAGCGACACGCGCGUGGGCGACGCGGGCCUGGCGGCCAUCGCCGCCGCCUACGGCCGCCAGCUGCAGAGCCUGCAGCUCAACUACACGCGCGCGUGGGGCCAGUGGGGCGUGCUGGCCCUCGCCCAGCACUGCAAGGCGCUGCAGUUCUUCUCGGCGGCCUCCAGCGCCAUCACCGACGACGCGCUGUCGCUGCUGGGCGGCGGCUGCCCCGCGCUGGCAUUCGUGUGCGUGGACAGGUGCAGGCAGGUCAGCCUGGACGGCAUCAUGCGCCUGGUCAACCGCGGCCUCGCCGUGCAAUACGUGGAGAUGGCGGGCGUGUUUGGGCGGUCGUCCGCCGAGCAGCGCGCCGUCUUCGGGGCCUGGGUGCAGCGGCGCGGCAUGCAGUACGAUGCCCGCAGCGGCCUGCUGGCCCCCCUGCAAGCCGCCUGA